AUGCAUGUGUGCAUCCGGUGGAAGGCAUUGGUUGCCGAGUCAAAUUCAAUCAAAGCGGAGGCAAACGCCCUGUACUCGUCGAGGGAUUAUGAGAAUGCACUGGCCAAGUACGAGGACGCCAUAUUGUCAUGCCCCAACUACCUGCAUUAUGAACGUGCCGUUAUUCAAAGCAACAUGGCGGCCUGCCACUUACAGGUAGAGCAGUGGACAGAAGCUAUCAAGAUUGCUUCCAAAGCAUUGGACGGACUGGUGGAGCUGGAGAAGACAGACGCGGGUCUGUGCAACUCGAUGAGCCCUUCGAAAGAGUCAGAUGCAAGCGACAAGGAAUCGAGCAAACCCUCAUUCACAGACCCAGAUGGCGUUGACGAGGAAAUCAUUAGUUCCGGCGCAUCCCGUGCUGCUCCUGCACCAUCACCGCCCAAGAAUUCAUCGGUUGAAACGAGGAAAGCCGACAUUCAGAGAAUCCGCACCAAAGCUUUGCUGCGGCGUGCGCGGGCUCGUUCAGAAGCUGGGGGUUGGCAAAAUCUUGCAGGUGCGGAGGAGGACUACAAGACACUAUCGACUAUGCCUGGCUUGGGAGCUGCGGAUUUGCGCACAGUCCGAAGUCAACUCAGGACACUACCCCCUCGAACAAAGGCCGCGCAGGAAAAGGAAAUGUCAGAAAUGUGGGGGAAAUUAAAGACCCUUGGGGACGGCAUAUUGAAGCCUUUCGGCCUAAGUACCGACAAUUUUCAGAUGGUCAAGGACGAUAAGACUGGGGGGUACAGCAUGAAUUUCACAUCAGGAGGGGAGCCGUCAAAGCCGUCCUAG